UGACAUCAUGCACAUAUCUUCACAAAGGUAGAUGAUGUGAGGGCAGUCACCUACAAUCCCAUCCUUCACUGCUACAGUAUUGGGUUUGUCUGCCUGUGAAAAGGCAGUUGAGUUGCGUCUCUCAAACCAUGGCCACCUGUGUAUGGUGAUUUGUAUACCUUUGUUUGGAGAACUGGAAAGAUCAGGUUUAAAGACAUUAACGAACAUGGAACUGCCAUAUAAGAAUGACCGUUACUGUCUGAAAAUUUCCAGCAAGUCGCUGUAUUCGCCAUCAAGUUACACAUCGAUAAUACAGAGACAAAACCUUGUCUGUUAUCUCAGAAACCCACACUAUGGUAGCCUUAUUUAUGCUGAUGGUCAUGGCGAAGUAUGGACAGACUGGAAUGACUUGUCCAAGUUUUUUCAGUACGGAUGGAGAUGCACCACUAAUGAGAACUUGUAUUCGAACCGUACCCUGGUAGGCAACUGGAACCAGGAAAGAUAUGACCUAAAGAAUAUUGUAAAGCCUAAACCCUUGCCUUCCCAGUUUGGACACUAUUUUGAAACAACAUAUGACGCAAACUACAACAGGAAGAAGCCACAAUCAGCACAUAGAUUUAAACGAGAGCCUCAUUGGUUUCCUGGACAUCAGCCUGAGCUGGAUCCUCCUCAAUACAAAUGCAGAGAAAAGUCAACUUAUAUGAAUUGCUAUUCAAAACCUCAACCCACUCAUUACUCUUGGUGUCUAUAUGAUCCAAACAUGAACCAAUCUUAGGUUCCAGGGAUCUAAAAAAGAUAAAGUAGCUUCAUUUUUUUUUCUGGAGUAGACUGUAGAAAGGAGCACAUUCUAAGCAGACUCAAACAUACUCUUAACAUGGUUUCUGUCUAAAUAAAGCACAGCACACCAAAAAAA